GGCGAGGGCGGAUUCCUCGGGUUGUUUGGUCGGCCGGCGAGCCGGAGGACGCCGCGACAAGGCCGUCGCUCGCCCAGCCGGGCUCCUGGGUGGCGUCAGGACGACCACUCGCCCACUCGCGCGGCGAACACACGGCGCCCAGGUCGUGCCAGGCGUCUCCGAGUCGGACACUGCGAUCCAGCAAGCAAGCCAACAGUUUCCAGGAUGAAGUCUCUGUCACUGGUUGUAAUCGUGAUUCUGGCUGCAGCUGCCGACGAUGACAAAGAAUGCCCCACAAAAGUGUUUCUACCCCCUCUAGACAUGCUCACCGAACUGAACAAGAUGAUGACGAAUAUUCAGUCUCAAAAAUGUAAUAAUUCUACUAAUAAAAUUCCUGGAAAACGUUUUGAGAUUAAGUUCCAUGGUUUCUCUGGCGUUAUAAAUCCACUACCAGAACCAGACAAUAAAUCAUCGGAAACAUGUGCGCCGCCGCGGGAAGCGAAGGCUCACGAACCGGAGAGGCUGGGGUACGAGAACAACAACAACAACAACAACAACAACAACAACAACAACAACAACAACAACAACAACGGCAGUUACUACAGGUUCCACGAGGACGGAGCUGAUUGGUGGACAGCCAACAGAACCUGCGAGGAGGAAGGCGCGCACCUGGUGGUGCUCGACUCCGACGAAGAAGCCCAGGUCGUGGCAGACAUCUUCUCCAAGCAUACCAACAUGAAGAACGACUACAACAACAAAAUAUUCGUCGGUGUUAGUGAUCAGGAUGAAGAAGGGGUGUUUGUCACAGUGAUGGGGAGCGACCUGGAGGAAACCGGGUACGCGAAGUGGAGAGGCGACAACCCCGACGACUGGAAGGCCGUCAACAGGACCGGCGAGGACUGCGUGGAAAUGGGGCGCGACAAGCUGCUCAACGACAUCCACUGCAACGCCAAACUCGCCUUCGUCUGCGAGAUGGAGUGACGCUUGCAUCCGGGAGCACUGUGUCUGAAUGUCAUCGCAAGAUUUCAUCAACCAUGCCACAAAUCGUGAAAAACUAUCACAAGACAGUGAAAGAGAGACCAGACAUUGCAAUAUCUUCAAGUACGGUAACUAGUUUAAAAUGGAAAUAUAAAUCAUGUGAUGUAAUACCUAUUAAUUUUUUUGACUAUUGACUUGUCUUAUUUAAUUUAUUUAUGAACUAAUAAAAAGAUUUAAAAUGAAAUCAA